AUGACUGUGACGAUACUCAAACCAGCCUCCGAACAUAUAUCCUAUUCAAGGUCAAAGGAAAAGGAUGAAGACAUUGGCAAUGGACAGACCGAAGAAAACCCCGUAAUCGCUAGUACGGAAUAUGCAUUUCAGAAAACCAACUUGGUGCAUGUCAGCGACGACGGUGUGAAAAUAGCUGCCCGAUACAUAUACCACAAUCUCAAGGUUCGGUCAUACACCCCGCGAACUUCAAGGCGCUCGCACCCUCUCCAUAUAUGUCCACCGGAGCCGUUCAACCCAUCGGACCCCUUCAAUAAAUCUGUCCUUGACUGGACCUUCUUGAUCGCAGCACUCAAUUUCAGCUUUUGGUCAGAGAGAGGGGACGAAGAUAGUCCAUACAGGCUACUGGAGUCUAGUAGUGGCGCUAAAUCGAGGCGAGUAUUGCGAUCCGUGGCCGACGAUGGUAUACCAAUAACCGAUCCGAAAUUCUAUUCCUCAGAUAUUCUUUGCCCGGAUUCACUAAUAGAACAUAUAUUCCGACCUGUGGAGGGGUGCUCGGAGACGAUUCCUCUACUCCAAAGUCGCAUAGCCAUCAUGAGGGAGGUCGGGCAUAUCCUUUGCAUGAACUUCGGUGGUUCUUUCAAAGGGUUUAUGGACGCCUUUCAGUCGAGAUACAACAACGAAGGGACUGCCCUUCAGCUAGUCAAAAUGGUCACGGAGACCUUUCCCUCCUUUCGGGACGAGGUUUGGUACGAAGGACGAAGAGUAUACCUAUGGAAGCGUGCACAAAUCCUCGUCGCCGAGACAUGGGCAGCGUUCUAUCCACCCUCGCCGCCAUCUCCCUCCAACCCCCAUCCACUAUUUCCCGGCCCCCGUGGCGCAUGCAUCCACCAACUGACCAUGUUCGCAGACUACCGCGUCCCUCAGAUCCUCCACCAUCUCCGCAUCCUCGACUACCCUCCUUCCCUCCUCUCCCUACUGCACGCCGGGGCCACCCUCGAGUAUGGGUCGCGCGAGGAAUUGAGCUUGCGUUCGGCGAGUAUAGUGGCUGUGGAACGUGUGCGGGAGGAGAUCUGUUGCUUGAUGGGGGAGAACGGGGAGGAUGAAGAUGGAGUGACGAGUGUGCUCAUUGAUUUCUAUCUGUGGGAUCUUGCGAAAGAGAUUGAGACUGGAGAUGGGAACGUCGAAGGAAUCCAGACGGUCGCAGUAGCACCCAUCCACAGGACAAGGAGUAUUUGGUACUGA